AUGAAGUGGUACACGCUCGUUCUCGCUACCUCUGCUACCCUCGUUAUGGCAUCACCUGUUCCAACCUCUUCUAUCUCACCAAAUGGGCCGUGCCCUCAAUCUAAAGUCGAUGCUAUCCUCAAAGGCGACAUGGAUGCAUCCGAAUGCUGCUCAUACGGCAAAUGCAAGGGCGAUGUAGUCAUCUCAGUUGGAGAAUAA